AUGACUAUAGCACGUUUUCUAAUGAUCAAUAUAAUUGAUCAAUUAUUUGAGCAUCAUAAUCAAAAUCGUAGUACAAGUUUAAUACUUGGUUAUCUUAAAUUAAAUAUCACAAAAUUUCAAUCAUCAUCAAGAAAAAGUCAACGAUCAAUAACAAGAACUAGAAAUAUUGUAUAUCAAUGGUCAAUACUUUAUUUACCUAAACGGAUCAAUUCUUCCUGUCAAUGGAUGCAUAAAAUUCAUUAUUCAUUACAACAAACAAAUACUUCUGUAAUUAUAUUCAAUGAUGGAGUACAAUGUGAAACAAUAUCAUGUUUACCAACAUUAAUAUUUGAUUGUUUAGCUCAAACAUCCACUCGUAUAUAA